AAUGUUUUAAGAGUGUCAAACUCAGCAGAAUCGUAUUUUACGAACGAUUGAAGAAAGAAGCACUCAUAAUAUAUUUAAGCAGAUAUUUUUUUGUUAUUUUUUACCGCUAAAAUCGAGUACGAAACUGUGGCUAUUUACAAGCUCAUGUAGAAAGGUUAAGAAGACCUUAUUUUGCGUGGGAGGGGAACGAAAUUCAAAAGUGUUGCUGUUAUUUCUGUGACUUUGUUUACUAUUUGAGUUUGCUAUAACUUUUUCCUUGGAAUUAUUAGCUGACAUGUGACACAACAUUGAUACGGAUGAUUUGCGUAUUUACGUUUUGUAAAGUGACAACUCCCUUUAGAAUUCUAUUUCAUCUUACAAACAACACUCAGGGGGAAGGAUCAUUACACACGGACUCGAUAUAAUCAAAAAUGCAUUGUGCCAAAGUGAACUGUAAUAUGAAGAUGUAUUUUAUGGUAGUUUUGGAUAUGAUAUAGAUCUGGAUUUAUGAAAUGUAUAUGGUUUGAUUGAACGUAGCACUGAAAGUUACUCAAAUUUAUGAAAAAUGAAAAAUAGAUGAAAAAGACGCCAUGAGAAGUCUAAAUGAUGGAGACAUGACAAUUACCAACCCCCUCCCCCCUCAGAAUUUGAACACAAAUAUGAUUGGUCAGUUGGGAACAAAUGUUGGGGAGGAGCCAAGAAGGAUUCUUGUCAAACAGGAAGCUGUAGACGAGGAAGAUAGCUCGGUCAAUAAAAGGAGAUUUUUACGUCCCGAAGUUCCUGAUUUACCGAAACAACAUAGUGAUCCAUGUGGCCGUGUAUCAAAAGAAGGAAAAUAUGAAUCUGAUUCAGAAAAGUUUUUUGCAUAUAACAGAAAUUAUGAAUAUGAUAGAGCAUAUAGGGAACAAAGAUCUGUUGUUGAAAGAUAUAAUGUUGAAACUCUACAGUAUCAAAGUUCCUUCGAGCAACGGUCUGUUAUACGAAUGCCUUAUAAUCAAAGUGCACCUAACCUUUUAUAUGAUAAACAAGAGGAUUCAGAAAUGACCGGAAAUUUAUUUACACCUACGACCUUCAGGGAUUCUGGUUAUCUUGGCAAUUAUCACCUCGCUAAACAAAAGGAGGCGAAACAAUCGUAUUUAUCAGUUUCUCCAAGAAGUUUAGGAAGAGAAGCAUUUAGAUCAGCUCGUCUUCCGAGAAGUGAUGAUAGCAUAACUUCAAAAGGUCAUUCAGAUUUUAGUGGAUCAGAAGACAGUUUUAGUAGUCGAGAACCUUCGCCGUAUUCAAAGGACAUCAGAUCACCAUCUCCUCACAUCACGAAAUCUUCGUCAACAGAAAGUAAUGAGAUUAAAAAAAUUCAUCAGAUUACUAGCAUUGUGAUAACUAGUGACGAUGAUGUUGUGACAACAGUGAAAAGUGAUAUUGACACAAUGACAGGACAUGAAGAAGGAACUGAGGGAUUGUUGUCCUAUAAACGGGCAUUGUUUCCAGGAAAUUUCAAGAAAAAUCUUCAACAUCGUUACUUUAGUAGUCAGAAACGAAGUGGCUCUCAAUCAUCGUCGGAUGCUUCUAGUUUUGAUAAAGCGGAAUCUGCUCGUUCUCUAUCAAACUCACCCUCUCAGGAACGUAGUUUUGAGGAAUUACCAAGCCAUUCACCAAGUAAGUCAAAAUCUUUAGACACUGAAUCCAUUUCAACAAACACAACAGAAGAAAGCGAUGUUUUUAUGGAGACUGCAUCAAAAGUUCAAGCGCCAAAACGGUCUCCUCAAGGUUCUCCAGACUUUUUACAGAUGUCAUUCACUCAACAAGGGCAUCUGCCCACCCAAAAAUAUUUUGGAUCAGAACUUACACCCAAUAAAGAACAAGUUCACCUUGUUCCUAGUCAUCCGUCUCAGAAAUAUUUUGGGUCGGAAAUGGUGAUAGGUACUAAAGAACAGGAAAUUUAUGGACCUCAAAACACAAAACCACCAUUUCCUUAUCUACAUCACCAUUCACCAGGAUUCCCUUCACCACAUUUCCUGUCGUCGGCUAACCCAUCACCAUUGUGCUCUGUUCCAGAAGGAGGCCAUAUUUUCAACUUCAAUAUGUCAAACCCAUUUGAGGGUUUUCAUUCAGAUGCAGAAAUUCCUUCACCAAGCCCUGGUAUGUCGCCUGGAAUUCAUUUUGCAUUUCCACCGAGAGCAAUGAUGCUAAACUCCAUGUCAGAACUAAAUCGAUUGGCCGUUUCUCCACGAGGAAUUUAUCCUAGUCAGCCCAUCAGUAUGCCGUUAUCACAGAUACCGUCCAGUCACCCUAUCUUAGAACAAAAUCGUGAUCAACGUAGGACUUUGUCAGACUCUGAUGCUUACAUUUGUCCUGUAUGUAAUCAAGUGUUCCCGUCUUACGAUAACUUAGCAAAACACAUGGCAAAACAUUUACCGACCGAAACUGUUCGACAGGGCGAUAACAACAAAGUACACUAUUGUAAAGUUUGUAACAGAUCGUUUUCUCGUAGCGACAUGUUGACACGCCACAUGAGAUUGCAUACAGGCAUUAAACCAUAUGAAUGCAGUGAUUGUGGACAAGUGUUUAGUCGUAGUGAUCAUUUGAACACACAUAAACGCACUCAUACCGGUGAAAAGCCAUAUCGAUGUCCUCAGUGUCCGUAUGCAGCUUGCAGACGUGACAUGAUCACCCGUCAUAUGAGAACACAUUACAAAAGAUCGGCCAAGCGGGGAAAGUUUCUGUCGGUACCAGAGAGAGAAGGAGAUUUACGAAAAAGUUCCGUAUCAAGUACUGACACGACCGAUUCACAGGAUGUAUCUGGACGAACAUAUUCACAAUCCAGUGUGGAAAGUGUAGAUUAUGACUCGACUGGAUCUCGAUCCAUAUCAAGAGGUGAUAGUGGUGAGAGGAUGUUGUUUCCUCUAUCACGUGGAGAUAGUGGAGAGACAGAUAACAGAGCAGCAAGACCGUGGUCCAGUACAGAAAGUGCAGUGUUUGAAGAUUCUAGCACUGAUGGCAGAUCAGCUAAACUACAUUCUAUUCAGCGUACUUCAGCAAUUCAUCGAGACAUACCUAUACAACGUGACACCCUUAAAGACCCGUUUCUUGGUUACAGGAAAAUGAGAAACUGGUCUACAACAAGUUUUGAAAGUGUUGAUUCAGAAGACUGUAGAUCCCUUAAAGAUUCCUUUGCAGAAGACACAAUAUUUGAAGCAGACGGCAACUCUGUUACCAUGACAACAUCAAAUGUACAAAUGGUUUCUAGACAGAAUGAGAAAUGGGAAGGACCAUUAAUAGGGGUUGAGAACUUACAAGAAAAAUGUUCUAUAAGUUCUGGGAGUAAAACAGUAGAAGAUUGAUAAUUAGUUUAUUAGGGUUUUAAAAUGUUUAUUUUUGCUGAUCUUUUCAAAGAAGUUACAAAAGGCCUAUUGUUACCUUGAAAUAAGGAAACGACCUUUGCUGACACAUUUUUUUCGCAUUUAUAAACACACAUAAGAUUAUAAGUAUUUAAAGUUAAAUAGACUUUAUCCUACUUUUUCCUCAGGUUGAAGGAUAAUUUUUCCCACAGCACAAUAGUUUGACCUUUGGAAAGAUCAGUAAAACUAACAGUAGAACAAAUUUUAUACUUUUUCUAAAAGUCUCAGAAACUGACGCAUUCCUUUAUUAUAUCAACACAAAGAAUUGAUAUUUUUUAAUUAAGAGUUUUUUAUAUUUGUUGUUAUAUUUUAUAUUGUCCAUCAUUAAACUCAUGUUGUUAUUAUCACUCAACUGUAUGUUAGGGAGUAUGAGCCACACCUCAUUAUGUCAUGUGACUGACAUGUGACUGACAUGUGACUUAUCUUGAAUAUAACGAAGGCAUCUGUAAGGCAGAGGAAUCUUAAAAAAAACGUAUGGAGGACAUUUUCCCCCAAAAUUCAAUUUUUUUUUUUAAAUUUUUUAAAUUUAAUUGAAUUCUUGGAACUUAUUUGCUUAACAUGGGUGAUUUUAGGGGCACCAUUAACAAAGAUUUAUAAACAAGAAAUUAGAAGAACAGUUUUAUUCUUGACCUGUGCUGUGUGGUGGCCGGUGGCUUGUACUUCUUUUUAUACGGUAGUGAUAAAUAAUUGUCACUUUAAAUUAAGGUGGGCUUUGAUAUUUAUUUGCAGGAAGAUACAAUCU